AUGAGCUGUGUUACAGACUGGAGUCUGAGGAGGAGAGAUGAUGAGCUGGAGUAUAUUUUACACACAGAUGAUCACAUCCAUUUCCUCCAGAAUUUUCACUCUCUCUGUUCCUCCUGGAUCUACAGACUCACUCAGCAUCACCGUCUUCUCUCUUAUGAUGAAUGUGUUUCUCAUCUGAGAGCAGAUCUGGAGAAUUUCUGCAGAGAUGAGAUAAAAAAGAUAUCUAAUAGAGUGCCAAGCAUUAAUAUAGCUAAGCACCAAGUCAGGCAGGAGUUCCUACAGUAUUUUCGUCAGUUCACUUUGGAUCUAAACACAGCACAUACAUGUCUCUGUCUGUCUAAGUGGAACAGAGUGAUUACUUACACUUACAGAGCCCAGCCGUAUCCGGAUCAUCUAGACAGAUUUGAUUUUAAUUAUCAGGUGUUGUGUAGUGAGAGUGUGAGUGGACGCUGUUACUGGGAGGUUGAGUGGAGUGGAAAUGUGCGAAUAUCAGUGUCAUAUAAGAGCAUCAGCAGGAAGGGAUGGGGUAAUGAGUGUGUGUUUGGGUGUAAUGAUCAGUCCUGGAGUUUGUGGUGCUCUGAGUCCAGUUGUUCAUUCUUUCACAAUAAUAUUGAGACUAAACUCCCAGUAGUGCUCAAAUCUUCUAGAAUAGGAGUGUAUGUGGAUCACAGUGCAGGAUCUCUGUCCUUCUACAGCGUCUCUGACACAAUGACCCUCAUCCACAGAGUCAACACCACAUUCACUAAACCUCUCUAUCCUGGGUUUAGAUUGUUUAACAUACUUGGAAAAUCAAAAGUAAAACUUAUUUGAAAGAGUUUUAAUGUUUGAUGUCCAUAUGAAUCAAUAAUAGUGAGAUUGUUUGUUGAGUUGUAGAGUUUGUUAUUUUCCAAGUAUCAAUAAUCGAUACAUGAGCUAAAAUGCCAAGUAACGUUAUAUGUGAGAUCUUUUUAGUUUUAAAAUCUUUGAGUAAAAGAGGGAAAAUGUGGAAACACCUGAAUUGAAUUGAAUUGAAACCAGUAACACAAACGGUAUUCAUAAUAUUACAUAUGAGGAGGUCAGUUGCAAAACCCUAUAAGUGCAUUUGUUGUUUUCUUGUAAAUUAACAUAUUUGUAUUGUAAAUUUUUGUAAAGCAUUCAUGUAAAUGAGUCAAUGAAUUCUGCCAACAAACAUAUUUCUGUAUGGCUGGAGGCAAAUAUGUCCUUGGAAAUAUUUGUACAUGACUGUACAUAAUAUAUUAAUAUUACAAGUUCUUGUCCUAACAGAUUAAAACAUGGGAUAAUCGACAGCUAGCUGUGCAAUAAAGGAUUUUAUUUUUGGUGAUGCAUUCAUUGGUGAGGUCGGAAGUGGGCAGAGCAAGUGGUCUUGGGGACUGUUUCAAGCAUAGAUAUGUAUAAAGGCUAUGUCUUGCCCACACUGCUGGCCAAUUGAGUGGAAUGUCCGCAUCCCAUCUUACCACAGGGAGCUCGCUCACUCGUAGCACUGAGUUUUAAUGGUGCAGGUACUUUUAAAAGACCAUUACUUUCCUAAUUUUCUACCGAUUUUCAAACGGUUUGGUUUGUUAUAAACGUCAAAGAUGUACCUAUGAUACUUAUAAAAAUGAAACAUGUUAAAGCAUCCAGAAUUAUAGCCACGAUAAUAACGUUUGUAAGAAACCAAAACGUUUGAAAA